AUGGCCACAGCAGUGGAAUCUCCAAUGCCGUAUCCAGAGUCACCUCUGGAUUCAGAUGACAUUCCGUUUCCAUGUAAAGGCUGUGGAUUGAUCCUUGAAGAAGGCAAAGCAUUCGAGCUAGGCAUGAUUAUCCCUGGCAACAGAUGGCACAUCGAUUGCUUUCGCUGCAACACCUGCAACACCGCGCUCGACUCCGACGCAAACCUCUUGCUCCUCGGGGAUGGAUCUUUGAUUUGCAACAAUUGUACCUAUAGCUGCAGCAGUUGCGGCAACAAGAUUGAGGAUUUGGCCAUCUUGACAGGGGAUCAAGCCUUUUGUGCCAACUGCUUCAAAUGUCGAAAUUGCAAGAGAAAGAUUGAAAACUUGAGAUACGCGCGUACAUCACAAGGAAUCUUUUGCAUGGAUUGCCAUGAGGCCUUGAUGGCAAGGAGACGCAAGAAAUCAGCAAAGGGCGCAGCACAGCGAUCCAAACCCUCAAACAAUGCUCACUUGGAUAAGUCGCUCCCCGCGAUCCCUCCUCCAGAAGCUAGAAAAACGGCGUACGUGCCGGAGGAAUCGUCCCCGUACCUUGAAGGAUAUGUUGAAGCGCCUGGAGAUAUUCCGUCAGUCGCAAAAACGAUGAGGGAACUCCAGAGAGACGUUGACUCGCGACCUUCCACGGGUGACCAGACUCCCCCACGAGAUAUGCUCACUCUUCCCUCUACUACCUUCCGCAACAACAGGCAGUCUAUGAUGUCGCAGCGGUCUGAUCUCUCAGGAGGAGGCGGCGGCGGCGGCGGCGGCAGCGGAGAGGAGUUCUUGAUUCCUCUCGCCUUCGAUCCCACGCCACCAGCCUCGAACAAGUCCCCUGCGCCGUCGACUCAGAUCACGCCCCGUGUCGUCGAGGAAAGGCCUAAAGACUACUUUUCAAGUCGAUCGGCGCCCACAGCUCAACCCACUGUUGCUAAAUCGAACACAUCCAGCCCUCAUAUCGCCUACCAAGAGAAAGGACGACGGCUUUCACGUGAGCCGUCUGAGAAGAGUCGUUCAGGCGGGGAUGUAAGUAGGUCAGGCUCGCAGCGUCCUUCAUCCUACGUUCUGGCGGAGACGCCUCGACGCUCGCAAGAGUCUCCUCGCCUCUCGCAGCAGACUGCUCGUACCAACGAAUCUGCAUCCACCGAGAGAUUUAGACUUCAGGAUGCACCGAUAAGAAGAAAGGCGCCCGGCUCGACUACUACCUCACGGUCGGGGGCGUCCACGCCUCGUGCAGACCUACCUACGGAUCCUAUCGAGCAAUUCACCUCGUCUAGACCUCCUGCUCCCGCAGAUGUGAACUCACCCUCCGACCCGGGUCUCGCGACUCCGAACGUCUCCGAUGACUCGAGUCCAGCGAUGACAGACGAGUCGCCCAAGCAUGCACAAUUGCCUUCGACUUCACUUCUGCAAAAUUUGCCCAAGCGCGGCGAUUCUUUGGACAGCGCGAAGCGUACCCAGACGAUACCGAGAAAAGAGCUGAACUCUGCCGCGAACAAACCUUCGAGUCUUAGCGCCACAGUCAAUGGGGCAUCACCUGUCCCGAGAUCUUCAAUGCCGCCUGCUGAGCUCGCCAGGGCUAAUGGGGGAAAGGUCAUUUCUGGCCCAAUUGGGUCUCCUAGUUCCAAGAGCAUCUUUGACACCGCGGACGAUUCCAUUAGCCAGACAGAUCUUCCAAGUGCUGGUCGGGCAGGCAAUGAGUCCUUCGUUGAUCCUCGAGCCCCUCCUCUGCCACCUUCAGAUCAUUCACGAUCGCGGAACGAGUCUUUCAGCACGUUAUACUCUGAGCACCCACGAACUUUGGAAGGACAGAAAUCACCUGGUCUCCCAAGAUAUUCUACCGGUGUUGAAUUCUCUAUGGACGAAGACAUGGCUCGGAUCAUGGGCAAUGACGAACCCAACGCACAUGAGUCCUUCCUAAAGAGAGUAUCGAAUUCUGUCCGCCACGGUCGCAGUUACAGCGACAAGACUGGACGUCUGUCUCGCGACCGAUGGCCCAGGUCCCCUGCGGUUGGUCCUCCUGGCAUUGGCCAAGAGAUCAGUAGUCCUACCUCUGCGUCACCUGAGAAUCGGGAUGAGCUCGCUUGGUUCAAGAACGAGCUCCGCCGCGAGAGACAAAAGAAGAUUGAGCGGGAGAAGCGCAUAGCUGAACUCGAGGCUCAACUUGACUCAACGGCGAAUAUCAGACAAGUAAAUUCCGAAUUGAAGGAAAAGAGGUCGACGAUUGUCGUCCUUGACACGCAAAAGGAGAUUGUGGUUCGCGAACUUGAAGUCUUAACCGAACAUCUUGCCGUCGCAAAACGCAGUGGCGAACCAUUCGAUCUGUCCAAAUUGAGCAACGCAGUUCUUCGUGACUUUGCGGAAGCUCUAGAGAAGCUGAAAGAUUCUUUCGCCCCUCAGAUUGAAGAGUCAAUACAGAAGCGCAAUGAUCUGGUGGACGAAAUCGCCAAUCUAACGCAGAUGAAGGAUAAGAGUUUCAUGGAGUUCGAACAAUUAUCGUCAAAAAAUGCACAGUUGGCAGAACUCAACAACCAACUGGUUCAUCAAAUCCAAGGUCUCUAUAAAGCGAACUCGGGCGCUCAAGCCGCACAAGCCGAAGCGACUAAGCCUGCCAUGAAUGGCCUCGGUAUUUAUUCACACCACAAGGAGAAGUCGAACCUGUCUUUUGACUCUCGAGAGACACCGCGCAAUGCGUCAACCGACUUGACCACUAUUGAAUCAGCCACCACUUUGCAAGCCGGUGAAGCAGAGCCGGUGACCGUUCUUCAAGGUCCACAGAUGGUGAACAUCCGGAAAGGACAACCCAAAAAGUUCGACUGGAGGAAAGGACAAAAAGUUGCCAAGGGAGUGACUAAAGGCUUGAAGGGCGCUUUCUCGUCGACACAACAGAGUUACAGCCGAGAUUUGCAGUUUGCCGAGACUGGAGCUUACGGUGCGCAGCCUCUUGGUCAAGAAUACUCAAGCCUGCCAAAAUCGAACCCGGAGCCCGUAAAGCAAAGUGGCUUUGGCUUCUUUGGCAAUCAGAAGACCGCAACCAAGCCCAACGGCCUCUAUGCUUCACAGGUCAACACGAGCACGCCUUCAUUGCUUGUUGACGCUGCUACACAACUAUUCGGCUCUGACCUCGAGCAGCGGGCCGAGUUUGAAAAAACCGAUAUUCCCUCAAUUGUGAGGAGGUGUAUUGAAGAAGUAGAGUCGAGAGGCAUGGAUGUUGAAGGUAUCUAUCGCAAGUCAGGUGGAAACUCUCAAGUGCAACAAGUCAAGGAAUGGUUUGAGAACCCUUCGAAAGACUUCGACCUGUCUGACCCGGACCUCGAUAUUCAUGCCGUGACUUCGGGCCUGAAGCAAUACUUCAGACGGCUACCAACACCUUUGAUUACUUAUGACGUCUAUGACAAGCUGCUUGAUACGAUCAGCAUUGCAGAAAAGGAUGCCAGACUCGAAGGAAUGCAACGCGCACUAGAAGAUCUUCCUCGAGUGCAUUACGAUGUGUUGGAAUACCUCAUUCAACACCUUGCCAGAGUGGUAUUGCAAGAGAAAGAAAAUCUCAUGACCCCGAUGAACGUUGCUGUCGUCUUUGCACCUACCAUCAUGCGGCCGGAAAGUCUCAAUCGGGAGUUGAGUGACACUAAGAUGAAGAACGAGGCGGUCAUGUGGAUGGUUGAGAACUCCGACCGGCUUUUUGCAAAUUGA